AUGGCACCAAAAGAUAAUAAUUCACUCCAAGCCAUGGAUGACUUUUGCAAAUUUAUGGAUCAGUGGGCUGAUGGUGAGGGAAAUCCUCGUCGGCAUGCCUUUAGUCUUGGACAAUUACUCCUAAAGGCAAAUCCAAAUUCUAGGAGCAGAGAUGGAUCUACUCGUGGUAUAUUUAUUAUCGGUGACCAAAGUUCAGCUAAAUCUACUACCGUAAAUAGCAUCAUUAAACAAGUUGCACUUCAAAUGGGUAAUAACACUGUCACUAAAGUCAGAACAUGGAUUGAACAUCGGUACGAUCCGGAUUUGGAGCAUGCAACAUACGACUUACUAAUACAAAGAGAAAGAGGAAGUGAACAACUUGUUCGUGGUGGUACUCUACAGGAACUAACAGAAAGGUUCACCCGAAUAAAUAAUAAUAUGGAUGAUACGGUGGAAGCUCGAAUUAUUAUUCAUUCUGACAUUCCAUCAUUCGCAAUAGAUUGUUGCGAUAAUCCGGGGCUUACACCAAUAAAUGAAAGAACGCAAACCAUCACCGAUAAUAUUACACGUCGUACGCUAGAAAGGGUUUUGGAACGCCAAAAGUCAAACAAUGAUAGCAUCGUGGUGUUAUGUGUUUCGGCAUUGUUCUUUGAGAAUGCAUCUUGGCCACGUCAUAUGGAUUUAAUUGAACAAAUUAAUGGCAAUAAUUUGAUUGUCCUUGUAACAAGAAUGGAUCAACUCAAUAUUGGAAACGUUGCUCAAGAGAUUAGAGACGAUGAAGAUAGCAAUUCUGAAGAUAACCAUUCUGAGCUUCAUCGUUGCAGCCCUUGGGACAUCCUCAUGCAUAUUCGCUCAAAGAUUGAACGUCAAACUGGUUCCCGUUCCUUUCCAAAUGGCGUGCAAUUUCAUUUUGUGGCUUCCAGUAGUGUCCGUUGGGAUGUUUUGUCAGGGCCUGAUGGGUGGAAUGCAUUUGUAGCAUCAGAAGCAGACAACGAUAAAAAGAUGCGCGAAAUUCUCGGUGUAUGCGACAACGAAACCAAGUAUCUACAUAAUGAACAAGCAUGGCGUGAACACGGUAUUGAAUUGAUUCAAAUGGAUUUGAAACAACAAUCAGAAUUCAUUGACUGUGUUGGGAUGACAAAAUUACAAGAAAGAUUACUCCAAACGUUACAUAUUCAUAUUAUAAAAGCUGCUGAAGAACUUAUGGAUUAUACUUCUGAUUGGAGAAGAGAUGAAAAAAUGGACCUAGAUAAUCUAUCAAAGCAUAUGAAACUUCCCGAUGAUCGAGCAGAAUUGAUCUCUCAAUUUUGCAAACAAUUUAUAUUAGUUUAUCAGACUCUGUUUGCUUCACCAUUGUAUUCUCCAACAAUUAAUGCUGACCCUUGGUUAAAAGAAUUUGGAGAAUCAAUUAAGAAAGGACAAGAAAAUAGCAUAGGAUACGGGUGGACUUCUAAGGAUAUGUGGGAAAUCUUCGAGAGCCUUAAAGACAAUGAUGGAUACGCUGAGUUUCCACCUCAAGAGUUUUGUGAUGCAAACUUUAAUUCUUACAUGGAAGAUAUUGAUAAAUACGUAAAACCUGCUAAUGAUUGUUUAUAUACAGCACAAAUGUUAUUACAACGGUUAACACAAGAAUAUACCAUGCGAUCCACUUUGAUUCAUUUACGUGAUCUUGAUGUCAGAACAUUUAUUCCACGUCAAGUACAAUUGAGAACAUCAACCCAAUUGAGUUUCGGUCAAGCCGUAGAUCAAAAGAUCAGCGAAGAUUAUAAACAGAUUUUUCAUAAGCAUGAAAAAAGGAAUUCUGGUAGUAAUCGUUCACAUGAGAUACAAGGAGGUAACCAAUGGGUAUCUGUACUUGGAGCCUUGUGUUUAUUACUGCACGCGGAGUAUACUAUUCGUAUUAUGCGUGAUACAAUAUUCUCUUCUUUGUUACAAGCACAAAGUGACGAUCCAAUGCGUGGUAUCCUUAUUUCUAAGUUUGACCGAUACUGGGAUUUGAGAAAAGAAAAUUUAAUGAGAAAAGACAACAAUAUGGACCAACAGCGUGAAUGCAGUACAGAAAGUCAAAUUGCGACAAUUAUGAAGAAUAUUAGAGAAAAAUCGAUUUCUAAAAGAUUUUCUUCAAAUAAAAAUAAAGUAUCACCAAUCGAUGAUUUAUCAUGGGCUAUAUAUGCUAUGUUCUUUGAAGACCCAUACUGUCAUUUUAAAAAGACAUUAGAUGAACGUACUGAUCUAUUAAUGAUGACACAUGCCACAUCACUUGUUCACUUUUACCAAUUGAGUGGAAUCUGCGUGCAUCAAGACGAAGAAUACCUGAUGAGAUGGGCAGCAGACAAUCCAAAGUCAGCAUAUGCGAGAGCAUUUUUGAUUCGAGAACCAGAAGUCAAGGAUAGUAUAGAAGCUUUAGAUAAUGUAGUAAAUAAGAAUGGAGUUGACGAUGAUGGGGCUAAAAAUCUUAGAUUCAUCUCUUAUUUAUCGGAUAACCUUAAAAAGUUUCAGAGAGGGAAAAAGAACAAUAACGAUUCAUCAGAAGUUAAUGAGACAGAUUCAACGAUUUUUUCAAACCUAUCAGAAACAAUUACUGAACGGGUAAGAAAAAUCGUAAUGGGCAAACCUCCAAGUUCAGAAGAUAAAGUAAAAUUGUUUGUAAACAUUGCAGAUAUGGGUAUGAAUCCAGAUUCGUUUCCAGAAACAGAAAGUAAAACAACCAUUACACCCAGAGAAGAAUGCACUGUAAAUUAUGUAUAUAGACGUCGUUUGACGAUGGGAAUUACAAGCAGUGUCAUCGACACAACUCAACAGCUUGCUAAAUCGCAGUAUGAAUUCAGUCACCAACAAACCGCUCCAACCUUACAGCGUGUAUUAUUUGGUCGUGUCGCAUCAUUAAUGCUUGGAUAUGGAUAUCCUUACCAUCCUGAUGCUCGUCCUUCAUCAAAAUGGUACCUUGCGCCAAAGGUAAUUGUCCAGUUUCUUCUGGCCAAUGAACCAGUUUUUGUGGGCGAGAAAAAUAUGCCAAAUUCACUCGAAGAUUGGAACGCUUUACUUGAUCCUCGAAUUUUGGAAUCACCAAUUGUUAGACGCAUCCGUUUCUUGAGCAAUCCUGAAAAUGAUAACUACGAUGCUAAGACAGUGUCGCAUUAUAUUAAACAACUUGAUAAAACCAAACCUAACGACAUGGAUGAAUGUAUUAUCGAGUUUCUUGCUGAUGAUCGAUUUAAUUGGCAACCGGAUCAGGAGAACCUACGUGGAAAAAUGGAGAAUUCUAGAAAUAAUCUAAUCAAGUUUAACAAAUGGCAUAAUUAUAUUGAAGCGUACUUAAGAGUUGCAGAGCCAGUUUUGCUACGUAAUGAGAACUCAGUACCAGAAAUAAAUUUUGAUGAAAGUGAAGUAAUUGAUGAGCUUGACGAAUAUAU